AUGGCACAGCCACACUUUUCAGACCAUGAUGUGAUGGCCAAUAAGAUGAGCAGUAGCGUCGGAACAUCCUCAGCGCUGCAAACAUGCUUGGAAGCUCUAACCCGCUUGCUUCAUUGCGUGAUCCCAAUUCAAUGGGAUAUUGACGUUCGCAUCAUGGAAGGAUUGAUAAUCCAAAUACCAGUGAGGGGCAAAAGACUAACUUGCGCGCUGCCAUCGACCUUUACCACGAAGGAGUUCUCUCGGGCCCUUAACGUCCAAGUUGGUAAGGUUGUUGACCCCCAAAAUGUUUUCCCCGGGCUCCUGGCAUAUAUGCUUAAUGGUCCUGAUCUUCAGGGGUACUACUUGAAUAUUCGCGCGGCUUCGCCCUGCUCCUAG